AUGAGAGUCUUACUUUUUGUGCUCAUUCUUUGUCUACUCAUCCCGGUCGAGGCAUGGGGAUUAUUGAGAGCCCUGCGGAUGGCUCGAAUGAUGCGUCGCUAUGGAAUGUACGGCUAUAACAAUUAUUAUGGAGGUUACGGUGGUUAUGGAUACGGAUAUGGCAGCUAUUAUCCAUCAUACUAUGGAUACAGUUACCCGUAUUACGGUGGAUAUGGCGGAUAUGGUGGAUACGGCUACGGCUACAAUUACCCGUACUAUGGUGGGUAUAGCGGUUAUGGAGGUGGGUAUGGCUAUGGGUUUCCAUAUUAUGGAGGUGGAUACGGUGGAUACACUCUCCCGGGCUAUUCCUAUGCACAACCGGUCUCCAGAACGACAACUUCAUAUUCAACUCAAUACUCAACAACAACCACUUUUUAUGGAUACGGGAGACGA